AACCCAUCUCCUCAGCAACUGGUAUACAGCUCUAUAAUCCCCCCUGCAGCUGUGGGUCGGAGGGGAAUACAAUUUGUUUAGCUCGACCAGCCUGCCAAUUGUUUUAUGUGUUUACGAUGUCUCCAUCAAGGAAGUUGCAUGGCCGUUGAAGUAUACUACCUAUGUGGAACAAUCGUGAUAUAUACAGCAUGUGAUGAUUGAUGGGUGAUGACACAUCAUCCCUGACAGCUGACUGGGACUAAGUGUUUUGGAGAAAGGGUGGAAUUAUACAAGAUGCUCAUUCAGUUGGGAUACCAAGUUUGUUUCUACCAGCUGGUCACUGGGGUGGAUAAAAAAAGUGGACGGUUUAUUUAAUUGUGUUUGCGAUAACAUCGAGUGUGUUGCCUGAACGAGAAGUAUCACUUGUGUUUAUUCCAUCCAGCUCGGCUGUGCCACAGCAACAAGCUGAUCAGGAUACUUUAUCAAAGCUGCUGCAUGGACUUAUUGGAAGUAUUCAAGAAUAUUAAUUAAUCAACAGAUUGGUCAGGAAAUUGUGAGAUUCAGAGGCAGGUGCACCCUACCAAGGACAGUCCAACAUCCAAACCAAGGGACACAAUAACCAACUUCAACUGAAAUAUGUAGAUAAACAUGCAGUCUCCAUUGUUUUCUGAAAUUCUGGUGAAGAAGAUGGGUGGAAAAGAUAUGAAGGCAACUAUGUUGUGAUUGGACGACCUUCACCUUCCUGUCACGCAGAGCAGACGUCAUCAUGGCAGGGUGGACGAGUUUAACUGGAUACCUCAACUUUAAGCCAGGGGGAGCUCUGAGUCGCCUCAAGUCCCGGAAGCGGAUGUGGUGUGCCCUGGAAGAAAGUAAAUGCCAGCUGUUGUACUACAAGUCGGAGGCUGAUGCCCGGUCCAAGCCUCCCGCUGGGGAGGUCAACCUGAAGGGCGCCGCCAUUACCCUUGACCUCGACAACCAGAACCAGUUUAUUAUCAUGACAGAGGGAAAGGAGUUUGUACUGACAGCGGAGAAUCAUGAGUCCAUGAUGAUCUGGCUGAUGGCAUUACAGGCCAAGAGGGACCUCCACUCCAAGGCAAACAUAGACAAGAAGAAGACCCCAAAGGAGGAACUGGACAAGAGAGAACGAAGAAACCAGACAGCAUUUAUAAGAGAACAUAUUUGGUACCAUAGUUCCUCCGACAUCACGGCCAUGAAUCCCGAAGGUAGCCGUCACAAAGCCCUUGGCUACUCCCAGUCCCUUCACAUGAACAACGGGCCAGCGUCGACGUUGAACUCCAAAUUCCGACACUAUCAACUUCAGAAGAUCGGAGAAUCAUUCGACGUGAACAACAUGCCAUCUCGCAAAGCCUCUCAUGAGAAGGUGGACCGAUCUCGUUCCUUGCCUCCAGUGUUUGAAGAGAUGCCUCCCUUCAAAAAGAGGUUCAGCAUAUCCAAUCCUCUAGAGAUUCCGUCGUCCCUGUUUGCUCCGUAUGCUCGACAGUUGUCCGUCAGCAUGGACUCGUGUGAAACCAAGGCUAACGGCUACCGCCGAAGCUCCAUGUACAAUGGCGACUCUAGCAGCGGCAGCACCGCGGACAGCGAUGAGUUGUAUGGGGAGGAAGGACACACGAGGAGAAACAGAUCAAAGGCUGAUGGGAUGAAGAGGAAGAUGAGACAGCAGACGUUUGAUCAAGACAGCGACUGUGAUCAGUAUCAGAACUUUGAUCUGUCUAGAUCGGAGGAGAGGAACCGACAUAGUUCGAUGUCUGCGUCCAGUGAUUCUGCCAUCGAUAAAGGGGAGAUGGGGUCACAAGAGCUAGGCAGAAUCUCAGAGCUGGAGAAGGACUUGAUAGCCACCAAGUGUGAGCUGGCCAAGGUGAUGAACCGACAGACUUGUUACCAGGACAUCCUCAAACAGAAGGAUGAAAUCAUCCUGGACCUUGACGAGAAGCUGGGGCAGCUGGGCCACGGGGACCAGGCCUAUGACAGCAAGAAGAGAACAACCAAAGUAUCAAAAGAGUUUCAGGAGAGAGUUCGAGUCUUACAAAACCAGAACCGUUUCCUGAAUGAGGAGGUGAAACGCCUGGCCAAACUGCGGAGUAGCGAUCAGGUGGUCUUCACAGAGCAAGACAGCAAGCUCCAUGUCCUGGAGGCGGACAUCGAGAAGUGGAAGUUCGACUACGUCUCCCUCAUACAGUCCAGCAUCCGCUUCACUGGGACUGACACCAUGGACGACGCAGAGUUGUCACUCUUUGGUGGGGACAGGCACAAGAUCAGAGUUCAAAAGCUUCUCGAUGAUGCCAGGAAGAUCAACCCAAGUUUGCCCACAUAUGAAAGGCUGGCGAAUCACGACGUCCACGUGGACUGCUAUGGGUUCAAGCACCAGUUUGAUGACCCCGGCCUGCUGCUCCACUACCUGUGUCAGGAGCUGAGCGUCCACUACCUGACUCAGGCCGGCGCCUACGAGGAACAUCAGCGUCGGUGGAACAACUACCUCAGGCAGCACGCCAAGAACAUCGUCAAAAAUAAGAAGGGUUUGAAGCAUCUGUGUCGUGGCGGAAUUCCGGACCAGUUUCGGAAACAGGUGUGGCGGCAGCUAGUCCACGACCAAGUUCAGGAUGUCAUCACAGAGAAGGGUCCGCACUACUUCCGCAAUCUCUGCAACCUUGUUCCGGACUCACCGCUGGCUGCUCGCUACAGGAAGCAGGUCUCCCUGGACCUGAUGCGGACAAUGCCGAGUAAUGUCAAGUUCGCCACGGCAGGAUCCAGAGGGAUCAUGGACAUGCAGGACAUCCUCCUGGCCUUCUGCAUCCACAGCCCCUCCAUCGGAUACUGCCAGGGCAUGAACUUCAUUGUUGGCAUGGCGCUGCUCUUCAUGGAUGCACAGGAUGCUUUCUGGACCCUGGUGGCCAUCACGGAGAGGUACUUCACCCCCAGCUACUUCGACCACAACCUGGUGGGUGCCCAGGCUGACCAGCUGGUCCUGAAAGACCUCAUCAAGGAGAAGCUGCCCACGCUCUCCAGCCACCUGAUGGACAUUGACAUCGAGGUGUCCACCGUCACCCUCAACUGGUUCCUAGCUAUCUUCUUUGAUGCAGUUCCAUUCCAGACGCUGCUCCGAAUAUGGGACUGCUUUCUUCUGGAAGGGCCGAAAGUUUUGUUUCGAUUCUCGCUGGCCAUUCUGAAGAUGCACAAGAAGGAGAUCUUGCUGAAAUCUGACACCAUCAGCGUCAUGCGUCAUCUCAAGGCCUGCGCCAAGAUCACGUAUGACACUGAUGGUCUUAUCAAGGUUGCGUUUGAGGACAUGAAGCCGUUCACGAGUAGGCAGAACAUCGUGACAAAGCAGACAUGCUACCUGAACGCUCUGAAGGAGAAGUACAAACGCAAGGAAAUACAGAAGCUGGCCUUCGCUGAACGCGAGCAGUUGUUCCUUUCUAUUGAGUCUGAAUCUGGGAACUACCUCAGUUUCGAGUGCUGUGCUGAAAGUGACAAUGGAGAUAUCUGGCUGUGCUACGGAGAGCAGAUGAUGUCCAAGGUGUGCAAGGUCAACACCAGCCAGGGCGUCAUGAUGGACGUGGCCAUUGAGUUUGACACACGCGUGAUGUGCAUGCUGGCGCUCCCCAACAACAUGGUGCUCUAUGGAACGCUGUCCUGGAUGGUGUUCGCAUACAACAUGGCCAAAAGGGAGAAGAUCUGGCAGGUGCGGCUCCAUGACGCGGUGUUGUCCAUCUCCAUGUACGUGGACGAGGACGACUGCUGCAGGGUGUUCGCAGGCCUUGCUGAUGGAACCGUGGCUGUCCUCGAGGCUGUGAACGAGAUAAUGCCUACCUAUGAUAUGAUGUACAUUCCUAUUGGUCAGUCUCCGGUCAUGUGUGUACAGUUGCUUGGCAACCACCUCUGGUGUGCAUGUGGAAAUAAAGUCUUCAUCAUCCAUGCAAGCACCCUUGACGCCAUGGACAACUUCACAGUGUCGUCCAAUCCAUACGACCACAUCCUAUCGCUGGCACCAGGUCGACCGGGAGUCUGGAUCUCAAUCCGUGGGUCGUCCAUCUUGGAAUUGUGGGACGUCAAUGCGUUGAGCUGCAAGAUGCUGUAUGACACGCGAGCAGGGAAAUACCCAAAUCUGCGCAAGGUGGGUUCACAGAAGUGGAUCUUGCGAGAGGAUGACAGCUACUUCAACAGAGCCCGGAUCACAGCUAUUCUCCCGAAUGACAACACUGUCUGGAUUGGCACGGGCGAGGGCAACCUCAUCAUUUAUGAAGUCGUGGAACAGAUGCCUAGUCUGACUCCGUCUGAGGCAUCGUUUUCCGAAAACAUCCCGGAGAACAUGUACCUGAGUCGCUCCGUGGAGGAGGUGGAUCCAUACGAUCCAGUCCGGGCAGUCGAGGAGCGGGUCCGCGAGCUCUACUACAAGAAUCUCAACAGUCCUGAUAUCGUGCCAAAGUCAUUUGAUUGUCGAAGGUUGAACAUUAAUCUCGGCGACAGUUCCACUCCGACAGCUAGUACAGGUGCCUUGUCAGAUGACUGUGUUGCCUUCUCCCGGAACAAACUGCAGUCAUCCACACCUGCUGACUACUCCCGAUCCCCUCCUGGUCAGUGUCUAGACAUGACCUCCCCAAGUUAUUGGUUCGACAGCUAUGGAAAAAGCUUUUCGAACAAUCCACUGCAGUUCCAGGACCAGAACCCGAGUCUGUUUGCCAACAUUGAAGAAGCCAAAGAACCGGAUGAAGCUUCUGAUGCUUCAUCCCAUGAGGCUGAUGGGAAGGCGAAGAGGAAGCUGUUUACGAGAGAAACUCCCAAAAUCUCGGAAUCGGACUCUUUGUUGUCGAAUGGUGAUGUAUGCAACAGUUCUGAGCGACAGGACAGUGUAUCAGAAACGCCUGUGUCCAGCCCUUUGUGCAAUGGCAAAUUUUCACAUGAACUGAACACUGUGGAGAACAGUGGUCCUGUCUCGGAGUCAGAUCAGCAAGACCGAUCUGUGACAACCUUGCAUGACCAUACACAGAGUAGUGACAAUAACGGAGCCUUAAAGGAGUGUAACGGCUCAGCCAAAAUAAAACCCAGGUUUGCGGACAUGAAGUCUUUAAGUGCUGAUUCUGGAAUCAGGAUAGGUUCCGAGGUGGAUGGUUCUUUCCAGACGACCUCUGUGAAGGAGAGAAACGGCUCUGCCAAAUCAUCAGAUUCUAAAAGUGCUUCCAAUAGUAACACCAAAGAGGUUAAUGGACAUACAAAUGACAGUGGCUUACCCCAGGGCUGUGACCUUGGGGCUCCUGCUCAGGGUGAACACACAAACGAUGCCAGUUCUACCCCGACCAAGUGCGCAGACACAGAAACAGAUCAUGCCAGUGCAAAGGACACUGAAUCGGACAGUGUAAGUGUUGAAUCUCCCAACUGCAAUGAAUCCUUUAAAAGGCUUCGCAGAGAAUCCGGACAGCUGAAACACUUGAAAAUAAAGCAGAAUGGUGUUGGUAGAGAAUAUGUAGAAUCGGAUGAUGAGGUGUUUGUUGAUGCUGAGGACAAAAAGGUGAAGAAAGCAUCUAGUUUGGGCAACAUUCUGGAUAUGGUAAAGAGCGUAGUACGGAAGGAGGUGGCGCCCAGUGUGCCGAAAGUUUUGCAAGGUCGUAUGGACUCGGUGUCCAGUUCCAUGGGCAACUUGAAACCAAAGAACCAGGAAACGCAAUGGAGGAUUGACUUCACGGGCUACCAUGUAGACACGGACUGUGAGAGCCAGCUGUCGACUCUCUCCGACCUAGACUCCGUCUCACAGCCAUCCAAGAGUCACAGACCAUCCAUUGACUCUCAGCCCGAACUGAAGCAGUUUGCCAGUCAGUCUGAAAACAAUCUUUCCAACUUCAAUCCAGAAAACUUCAUCUUUCCUGAGGACUUUUCCCUGGAGCAGAAAAUGGCCAAGUACCUGCAGACACCAACUUUUGGAACGCCCCACAGCUCGAAGGGGUGGUCGAGUUUUGACAACUUAUCGACCCCAUCACGUGAUCAGGAUACUUCCAGUCCUGAUCAGAGGCGGGCAGUCUUCCUCCGGGGUGACUCGUUGCAUAGCGAUGUCUCCAGGGGAACAAGCAGCGUCUCCCUGGCAACCAUGGCAGAAUCUCUCUACGCUGCAGACCUCUAUGUUCAAGCUAAGGUCAAGAUAUCGGACAAGCCGGUUAAGUGUCUAGUCCGUCUCAAACGGAAAGAUGACCUGAUACUCAGUCUGUCGGGAUCAUUCGGCGAUGAUGAGGCUGUGUUGAAAUGGAAGAGGGCUCCAAAUGAGCAGAUGAUCUGGACCAAUGAUCCAAUCCUGGAGUUCUGCCUGGACACCAACACCCCCAAGCUUCCAUCAUACAUGCGGAAUAGGAUGUCUAGCACCUCCUCAAUCACCAGCAAUAAGAGCAACGGUUCUGUCAAGUACCUCAGUCUCUCGCAGGGCAGUGAUUAGCUUUACAGGUUCGGGAAGGGGAGACUCGGAACGGUUUCCUUCAAGUAUCUCGGUCUCUGGCAGGGCAGUGAUUAAUCUUACAGGUCGGGAAGGGGCAUGGUUCUGUCAAAUAUAUGUAUGUCAGCCUCUCACAGGACAGAGAUGAGCUUGAAGGACAUGGACUUGUCAGCUGAGCAUUUAUUUGUGCAAAUGAAAGAGGCAUAGUUUGAAAUAUUGGACUUUUCACCUAUGAGAAAUGCAUGAAUAAGUUUCUCUGAAGACCUUUGUGAUUUGAAUGUUGUAGGAGAUGGCAUGUUGUGAGACUUCAUCCAAGAAAAGCCUGGCAGUGAAAUUUUGUAAAAUGCACUGAUUGCGAAACAGACUUUCUGACUGAUGUACUUAUGGGUGAAAUAACCCAUUACCUGUGAAAAUAAUGGUAUGGGAACUAUAGUGCCAGGGGAGACUAUUGAAUGGAAAUGGAGGUUCAUUUGUGUAUUUGUGUGACACAUGACCCGCAUCUUCUGACAGUCUGGCAAAGGAGACUCUUGUUUAGCCCAAGACUGUGUCACAUCCUUACAAGAAGCCGAAGUGUGUUGCAAUUCGGGACGAGGGCUUCCAGUUCACAAGGACUGGGAAGACCCAUUUCUGUGAUUCAAGGUUAAGGAUUGACAACACAUUUACAAAGCUGUUGGCACAAGGAGAAAAAUGGCUGUGGACAAUACAUUUACUUCGGGAUAUGUAUCAGUGAUAGUUUGUGUGUGAGGAAUAUUGUACCAGUAUGAACCUUGGUGAUUGCAGUUUUGAAUGAACAAAAUCCUGUGUCAUAUUAGCAGAAUGUAUGCAAAGAAUGACUUUGUGGAGAUGGUCCUUGGCAUUGGACAACGCAGUGUUGCCAAGUUGGAGAUGAUCUUUGGUAUUGGACAACGCAGUGUUGCCAUGUUGGAGAUGGUCUUUGGUAUUGGACAACGCAGUGUUGCCACGUUGGAGAUGAUCCUUGGCAUUGGACAACGCAGUGUUGCCACGUUGGAGAUGAUCCUUGGUAUUGGACAACAUGGUGUUACCACAGGAGGUGGAGCUUCUGACCAAUCACUGUCAUGGAUGAUGAACAUUUGUGUGUUGAAUGGUCAACACAUUAGUGAUGUGUAUUGACCCUGGGCUGGGUCAGACAGCGGGUUGUCUUGCUGUCUAUCAUCACAAUGGCCAUGAAUCUCGAAUAUCUUGUGAACAAACUCUCGUCAAGGGAGACAAUACUAUGAAGUCUUGGUGUUUAAGUUUAACAUUUGCACAAACAUUAACAUUUUCAAAACUGAGCUCUCUCAACAAAUCAAUGACUUUUUUUUUUGUUAUAAAUGCUUAAAACAUGCUGGACAUGUUAGAUAUUUUAUGAUUUUGUUAAGUUUUCAAAUCUACCCAUAUAGGUAUUAAUGAAAAGUUUCUGUAAUAUUUAUACUAAAUUUGAUUUGAAUUUACUCUAUUUCAAAGAAUAUGAAGUUUGAAUUUGGAACAUAUCCCUUCUCUGUAAAUACAAGUUUUUGCUACUCUGUGAUAAUGUUGUGAUAAUAUUUUAUGUACAUUGAAAGGAUAUUUUUUCCAAAUCUUCAGAGUAUAGGAUUUGAUGGGACCAAAGUAAUGUUGUUUCUGUGAUGAUCAUUCCUUCAGAAAUGCACAAAAUGUAGACUGUUUUAUAUCACAGCAACAUUAUUGGAGAACAAGCGUUGAUCAUUUUGUUUCUUCAGGAUCACAUCAAUUCACAUGAUCAGAAACGGGUAUUGGUGUUUCAUGUUAUAAAACUGUAUUAAACAUUCAUAAUGAUACAAUUUACGAUCAUGUUUAAUCUCUUCCGGUCUGAAAUAUAUAUUUUGGAAUACAUAGAAAACGCAACAUUAAAAUUCAGUUUGCGGUUCAAAAAUCAGUAAAUUUGAGAAUUUCUAAGCUAAUGCAUUUAAAUAAUAUCCUCACUAUUAUUUUGUGUAGGAUAGCAAUCCAAUAGUUCAAGAUGCUGGAACAGGUUAAAUAUGAGUCGAUGUUGUGAUUGAGCUGGUGUGUGAACACAGUGUACAAAUAGAUGUCAGUGACCUACAAAAUGUUUUCAAAUGAUCACGUGAAUAUAUUUUUUACAAAUUGUGAUCGUGUGAAAUAUGUACAUAUUGCAGCCAUAAUGUAUAUAUAAUGAACUUUGGUAUACAACAUACCAUGUUGUGAUCCUAGAUAUACAGGACUACACCAUAACAACAUUGUCAUUACUUUGUACAACAUUGUUACCAUACUGUAAAUAUCGGAAACGACACUAAUAUAUUUUACUUACAUCAUGUGAUAGUGUAUAGAGAUUCUAACCAAUGGCUGCACUUGUUCUGGGACAUACGGCAUGGAGAGCCAACUAUAGCUGCUUACUUAAAUUGUACCAUCGUCAAUACUUCACAGGUUUGAAUACACUACGAUCAUCUGUCACUUGUGAAAACAUACGAUUUGUUUGAUAGGCAUUUCUUAGAAGUUGACUGAGGUCAAAGUAGACAUAAUUUAUGGUUAACAACUUCUUUAUUUUACUUUAAUUGCAACGUUUUGGUAUAAAUCCUUUGUCAAGCUCUGGAUCUAUACCAAUACGUCGCCAUUACAGUAAAAUAAAGUUGAUAUCCAUAACUUGUGUCUGCUUUGUGUGAAUACAUACGACCAAUGGGGGUUAGUAAUAAGGCUGGUCUAUUCUGAGGUAUAUGUAUUCAUGGGUGUUAGAGGAACAGUGUAUACAAACCUGUUAAGUACUGACCAUGCAACUGUGUAUUCCAUAAACCUUAAUAUAUAUCAACAGGAAUGUUUCUAGUUUUAUAUUGUCAAUGCUUCAUCUGUCUCUGAAUUCUACCAAAUAUUCUCCUGUUUGUGUUGGUUACGGAUAUGUUGCAAUGGAUAUUGUCGUGCUACCAGUGUUCAAUUGGGUGCUGGGGUCCUUCACGUUCGCUCCUCUUGUAUACUACUCAAAAGAAGUUAUGGCAUGACAGAUUAACUUUAGCAAUAUGUAAAAAAACAGGUGAUCCCUAACUUUCUUUGAGUAGUAUAUUUGUAUCUCGAGCGACCCUUAAUCUUUAACUUUUAACAUUAGGGUAAAGAGAAGGGGCCCUUGACGUUCCAUGUAGUGAUGAACACUGGUUAUAUACUACUCAACUUUUGAUAAGGAUACCGAGAUUAGACACCGAGAUCAGACCUAAUGUAACAAUUCUGAGUGACAAUAAUUUUGUCCAUAUGCGUACCUUCGUUGACAUGAAACUUAAAACACGAGUUUUAUGAAAAUAUGUGUGAAAAUGUGUGUGACAAGCAGUCAGUAUCAUUCAUUUCCCACACGGACUCAGAGACUUCCUAUUGAAUGUUGAGUAGCAUAAUAUAGAACCCAUCCAUGGUUGAGGAAUCUUCAUGUAGAAAGAAUAAUUGCUAAUCUGUAAGAAUUAAAUCUCGGAUAAAUCACCAGUUCCUUCCAUUGGAAUCUCAGUGAGGCCAGACCCAGCUUUUUCUUGUGUUGCAGACUUCCUAUGUCAAAAGUUCAGGAUGCAGGCUACAGACAGAAUUGAUCAAGGAGAACAGAAAAGAAAAGAGUUUCUGGUUACCAUUUUGAUUGUUAUAGAUACUACUCAAAAGAAGUUAAACACCUGAUUUGUUCAUAUGACUGUAGUUAAUCUGUCAUGGCGGGUGGGUACAGCCAUCCAAAUGUGGUGUUCUUAACUUGUACUGAGUAGUAUACAGGGAUACUUAAAAUCCUCGAAAACAGAAUAAACGAGACACUUAAAUAAUCUGAAAAGUUGAAAUAUGGUUAUUUUCAAUCAAACAUUUGUCAUUUGAAAAACUGCAGGUUUAUGCAAGAAUAAGAAAAGAACAUCUGUCUGGACAAAGAAUAUAUUACUCAAGAGAAGUUAAGGCCAACUGCUUUCAUAUUACAGCAGUUAAUUUGUCAUGGCGUGACAGAUGAACUAUAGCAAUAUGAAAGAAUCGGGUAGUCCUUAACCUCUUUUGAGUAGUAUACAUUUGUAAAACCAUGUACCCUGUGUCAUGUGAUGGAUGACUGGCACCACAGUGUACUGGGCAUGAAGAUCUCAUUUUUCUUUUUAUUUGAAGAUUCCAAAACUUAGAGUUGUUUAUCAUUUCCCUGUUGUUAUAAUGUAUGAUAUACAUUUCCUGAUAUCGAGGCCACAUCAUUGCUGCUUGUCUUUCAUUGUUACAAUAUGUCAAAGCAUCUUUGUUCAUCAUCAGAAUCAUCCAGAGUCAUCUAGUCACAUGUAAUAAACAUACACAAACAUA